AUGACGGUUCUCUUCGCCAAACCCCUACUCCCUUUAGAGAAGAGGAAGAGAGCGACUCUCUGGUCCUCGACGAAGAGCCUAUUUCUGUUUUCUCUUAUUUUGUCGUGUUAUUUUAGUUUUGGAAGCGUCUCUUUACUCUCUGUAGUCCAAAACAGAGCACGGUGGAUGUUCCACAACCGGAACCCCCCAACCUAUGAGCCGCCUACCGGUCCUUUCCUGGGCCCGCAACGAGAAUGCGAUCAGGGAAAGAAAACACUUGUUUUAGACCUUGACGAAACUUUGGUCCAUUCGUCUUUCCAGCCCUCAGACGACUGUCAAUACGUAAUUCCUGUGGACAUUGACGGAAAUAUCUACAAUGUGUACGUGUAUCGCCGUCCUGGCGUUUUGGAGUUCAUUCGCCGCAUGAGCGAGCUGUAUGAAGUUGUCAUUUACACUGCAAGUUUGCAAAAGUACGCAGAUCCACUUUUGGACUUGAUGGAUCCGAAUCAUUACAUUGCCAAGCGACUCUUUCGUAAUUAUUGUGUUUGCUCGGAAGGAGUUUUUGUGAAAGAUCUUGGAUUGCUAGGAAGAGAUAUGAAAGAUGUGAUUAUGGUGGAUAAUGCAGCCAUCAGUUACAAAUUCCAACCUCUUAACGGAAUUGAAUGCAAGCCAUUUAUUAACGAUUUUUCAGAUACAGAGCUAUCUGAAAUGACACCCUUUUUGGAGUACUUGUCAAAGAAGAAUGAUAUCCGGCAAUUCUCUACAUUGUGGGGUGCCACUCGCGAACAGAGUCAAAACAUUUAAAUAUUUGAUGAUUAGUAGUUGUCUUUUAAUUA